CAUUCCUCCAAAGACCGCAAACGCCCAAAAAUGUCUAGAUUUUGAUCCCCAUUUAUUAUCAAAAUUUUUCAGUCUUCCAUCAAUGAUUAUACUGGUAAAAAAUGGGUUGCAGAGUUCGCAAGAAGAUCAAGAUUAAAUAAAAAUAUACUGUGCACUGGACUAUGUGAAUGAAACAAUCAAAUCAUUCGAUAAUCUAAUUAUUCUAAUAGCUAUUCAAAAACCGUAAAUAACAAGGAAAUACUCGAGAGUGAUUGAAACAUCAUCAUUUUAUGCAAGUGACCAGUGAAAAUUAUUGCAUCAUAGAAACAGUUAUUCUCAGUCUCUCCUAACGAGCAGUAUUAUAUAUUCGUUAUAUACUACAAUAAGGACUAUGGACAAAUCGUCGAGGUUAUGAUGACCAGUAAAAAGAAGGUGUCAAUGGAGAUGGUUCACUGACGAAUGGAUUAUACCCUUUGGAGCAGACAAUUUAAUAAUUUAAAAAAGACAGGAAGAAAGAAGAAUGUAUUGUUUACAGUGGCUAAUUCCAGUUUUACUGAUACCAAAACCAGUAAACCCAGCCCUGCUUCAAACUCAUGUUAUGUUCAUGGUAUUGUACCUCAUCGGUUUCUUCCUUGAGCGAAAGCCAUGUAUAAUAUGCAGUCUCGUUUUUGUUGCUGCUGUUUCGUUAAUAUGUUACAGCGGAGUAGGAAAUUGUUUAUUCUGGAGCAACAGUUGUGAAUAGCUCAUAAGUUACCAAGCAUGUUAUCGAGUGAUUUUUGGAGGUUAGGGUUAAGAUGAUAUUGACCAUUGAUUGUUGAUAACGAUAAUCAUAUUAAAGUGGUAAACCGAAGGAAAAGUCUUUCUUUGAUAAUUGCUGAUUUAAUUGAGUGAAGGGAGUGAUUAUUGCAGCCUACAGUGCUCUAGAAGAUUCGCAUCUAAAUUUUAUUAAUUGUGAACUAGUUACUACGUGCUUCCUCAUCAAGACAUUUUUUUUUCGUGGAUCAAUUCCACAAAUAACUCAAAAAUGCUUCGUCAAAUGCUUCAACUCUUCGAUGAGUCAUUUCUAUAUUUACAAGUAGGUUCUUUGUUCGUCGAGCCAAUGAGGCACUGUAAACCGUCAUGACCCAGAAAAUUAAGGGAAUGAUUUUGUGAUAAUAACUGAAUCAAAUAUUCUUCUGCAUUUAAAUAUUUCAGCUAAAAAUAUGGGAGAAUGGAGGAAGUAGUUGGUUUUAGGGGAGGAGGGACAGAAUGGACAUGGGCUAUCACUCUACUUCAUUGGGAAAAGAAAGAGUUGCUCUUUGUAAGAGAUAAAUAUCCCAUUUCACAACGGGUUCAAUUUUUAAACAACUCGAAGAUGCCCAGUUUGGUCCAGCCUUCUCAAUACUCUCCAUAUUAUACAGACGAAUUUUGUUUGAUCAAAAUCAAUUAGCGAUUUUUGUUUGCUGAUAGCAUCUUGGGAUUUUUGUAGCAUUCAAGGGCAUCUACUAUCAUAUGCCUCUUAGGCAAUUGAGGAGGAAUUUCAAGGGAUUGUAAUCGCAAUAGAUGUUAUAAUUGCGCUGACGUAUUCAAUUUUUCUAUGAAAUUUAUAAAGCAAGAUGACAUUAACAAGAGUGAUAGAGUGUAAAGAAUUUAAUAGUGUAGAUGAUGCAGUUUGUUGGAUUGAUACCGUUUUUCAGAGCCAAAUAAUAGAAUUCCAUAAUAGCAAAAUGGUGUGUACAGAACAAAAAGAAGAAAUACUAAUUAAUGACGCAUAAUAAAUGAGACAGAGCAACAUUUU